GAUCAUGCUCCAGCAUAAACUGGUUGCGGACCUCCUCGUUCAGCAGCUUCCAAGAUGUCGCAAGUUAAAUUCCCCGAUCCAUUUCACAUCAAGUACGACGAGGAUCCCGCCUUGGAGACGCUCGUCGAGUUUCGCAUGCGCGCCCUGGCUGGGAAGAUUAUCGAAAAGCCCAACUGGUGGAAUAAGGUGCACGACCCGACAAUUGUGCGCAAAUGGAGGAAAGAGUUCCGUCAGAUAGACAAGGUGCUCAUCGCGCAGUUCUGGACGCAGCGCAAGAGACGUCCUUGGGAUCCUGUUGGCGAAGACGACGAAGAGGAGGAUGACGAAGAUGAUGACGAAGACGAAGACGAAGACGAGGCAACGCCAGUACAAUCGGGAGUGGAGGUGCCGAUGGACGUCGACCGGGAGAAUGCUGGGGUCAGUAUUGAAGAAGCUGAGAGUGAUGAAGACGAGCCUGAGGAGAGAGACGAUAAUGCAAAGGUACCGAGCGGAAGGAAGUUUUGGCCCCGGACCAGGGUCACCAAGGCACAGCUGAAUUACAUCUUUGACUUCCUCAAGUGGUUAGCAGACGUUCGUGACAGCGAGACAGGAAUUGAGGCAACCCACAUACCCAAUGUUUACCAGUCGUACCAACUGAUCCCUGGCGAGCUGACGGCUGCUCUCCUGGAGGGUGCUCGCACCCUUGAAUCAGUCCCGGAUGAAGAGAAGGAUUGGCAUCCGGGCAGCAAUAAUCAGGUGCUGGACCUAAUCCACCCCUCUCUGUACUGCUUCCGCAUCGGCAAGUCACUGGUGAAGAAUCUUGAGACCGGCAAACUCUACGUGCCAACCUUAAACGAGUACAUGCUGAUGAGAGACGAUUUCCCCAUGUACCGUGUCCGGGGAAAAGUAAACUCUUAUUGCACGUCCGAGCAGCACCAGUGGCUUCCUACCGACUUCACCGUCUCUGAGGAAGGGGUGGUCAGGAACGUCUCUUACAUCAAUAACCUGCACCCGGACCACUUCAAGCGACUGUAUUCUACGAUUAACUCCAUCCUAGGCCGGUUUGUGCUCCUCUGGGAACGGGUGCUGGCAGACGUUCUGAGCCCGAGGGAGCCGGCAAUCAAAGUGGACCCUUACCAUUGGUACGAUCACGAUCCCCGACGUACUCCCGAGCCUAAAAAAGAGGACUUCGGGGAGGAUCGCAAGCAAGCUUUCUACGACGCUGAGGAGGAAUGGACCUUGCGGAGGAGGCCCGUCAUCCCCGAUCCACCCCCAUUUACCCCACCUAGGUCGGAGCAGAAGGUACAGUUCAGCCUCAAGGACCGGACCAUUCAAGUCAUCGUCAAGAUGGCUAAUAUCGUUUUGACCCCGGAGAACCCGGAGUACGCUGGCGGCUCCUGGCACGUCGAAGGUAUGGAGAACGAGCGGAUUGUCGCGACCGGCAUCUACUACUACGAUUGCGCCAAUGUCACGGACUCGAAGCUGGGCUUCCGUACUGCCCUGUGCGACGGCAUGGACAUGCAAUAUGAACAAAGCGAUUGGAUUGGCCUGGCGACGGCGUAUGGCAUAGACGGGCGCGACGGCCCGUUGAAUCAAGAGUUGGGCUCGGUCGUGACGAAGGAGGGCAAAUGCCUCGCGUUCCCCAACAUCUGGCAACAUCGCGUGUCGUCGUUCAAGUUGGUCGACCCUUCAAAGCCCGGCCAUCGCAAAAUCCUUUGCUUCUUCCUUGUAGAUCCGACAAAGAAUAUCCUCUCGACUACUGUCGUUCCGCCUCAGCAGUCUGACUGGUAUAUGCGUGAGACUGAGCGCGCACCGGCCCUGAAGAGCCUGCCGGUGGAAUUAUUCGAGAUGGUGACAGACUACCUGAAGCCUGAUGCCGAAGGCAAGGGCGGCAUCAUUACCCUGGAGGAAGCCAAAGAAGAGAGAAAAGAACUCAUGGAGGAGAGGCAGAACGCUGUGAUCACGCAGAACGAGGAGGUAUACGAAGCGCAAUUCAAUAUGUGCGAGCAUUGAGAGGCCUCGUUGUACUACAUUUGUCUAGCGUUUCUUUUGGGGUACUCUGGUUAGUAGAAUUAUACCAAUGAUUGCAUACGGGAAUACUGUCGAUUUUUAUCGGAAC